GGAGACCGCAAAGCAUAAACACAGGCACCUAGAGCAGGGCAGGCAAUGGCAAAAUAAAAAUGGAUACCCUUGGAAAUUUGAAUGUCAAGUGGGUGCAGGGUUUCACCAGCCGAAACGUUGCGUUUGUCGACACGAAAACAGCAUGUUAUUCAUCUGGAUGCUUCGUUGUUCUCCUGAACAUCGAGACCAAGGCGAGGGACUUCAUCCCAUGCCCCGGGCGUGGGAUCGGAGCACUCACGGCCAAUGGGCACAUGAAGAUGUUCGCGUUUUCUGAUCAGAAACUAUACCCCUCGAUUUAUGUUUUCCAGUACCCAGGCCUUACUCUUCAAGCUGAGCUUGAAGAAUCAGCAAAACUGGAAUAUUCAGCCCUGGCACUGAGUGGCAGUGGUCCAUAUCUGGUUUGUUCCUCAGCCGCCCCAGAUUAUACCAUCACAGUCUGGGAUUGGGAGAAAACGAUUCAGCUGUGCAGCCAUGCUCAAACAAAGGAAAUCUUCACCACGUUGGCUUUCAAUCCCAUGAACUGGCACCAAAUAUGUGCUCUGAACUCAACCUCUCUUGUGGUGUGGAAUAUUGAACAAAGUGACAAUCUUCACAUUUUGAAACAAAGUUUCAUAGACCUCCCAGCCACAGAUGGAAGUGAGAUGGAGACGGGGAGUGCCACUUCAAGGGAUCCCACGGGGAAGCUCUCUUACCUGGGUCCCCAGAUGCCCAUCUCUGCUAUAGCUGGACUUCUAGGAGAGCACGCAGACACGUUUGUGCCCAGGUCCUGCAUGAAGCCCCGGCUGAGUCCAAACUGUGCGUGCUGGUCUUCAACUUCUCAGCUGGUGGUGGGCUGCAGGGAAGGCUGGCUGCUCAGGAUCAACCCAGAGUCUCUACAAGUCUCUGUCCUGCAUGGCCCUGAACACAUACAUGGUGUUGGGACCGUACCAGCCUUACAGAAAUGCAGCUUCCUAAGCAUGACCGUGCUCAAGGAUGGACUUCUAGUGUCAGGAGAUGAUGGGCUCCUGCAUGUUCUUCAGGUGAAGGGGACUGCAGUGGAGGUCACCAGAACAGUGGAGUUGGACCAACCUGCUACCAGCAUGUCCCUGUCACCAAACCUGAACAGCGUCAUGCUGACCACAACAGCUGGACAUUUUUACCACUACAACCUGUCGCAGUCCCAGAAAGCAGAGAGGAUCCUGGAGGUAUCGAACGGGGGCUUUGUGGCCGUGUCACCGCUGCACACAGAGAAGAACCUCUACUGUGUGUCAGUGAGAGACAACGGGGAGCUGCAGCUGUGGUCUAUGGAUGCUGGACUCUGUGUCGCAUCCAUCAAUCUCAACGUCCAGCCCACAGCUCUGGCCUGCAGUCUGAUGGCUCAGUAUGUGGCAUUGGGAACCGCUUCUGGUGGCGUCCUCUUCGUAGAUCUGUCCACCAAGAAACAGCCUCGUCUGGUUCACCGCAUCCAAGUCUUCCACACACCAGUUGAACAGCUGCUCUUUGAACAUGGAGGAACCCUCCUUAUUGUAAGUGGCUCUGAUGCCAACAUCUUUCUAGUGGAUGCCCGACCCUCCAAAGGUUUUGAUGUCAUUGGAUACAUAGAGGCCAGUGGCUCAGUAUUGUGUCUCUCAUCGGUGAGCACGGCAGAGCGUAAUGUGGUGAGGAUAGCGACUCUAUGUAGAAAAAAGGGGAAUGAGACGAAGAAGAGAAGAGUGAAAGACGGCAAGAGGGUCAUGGUCUUCACUCUGCCUACUCAAAAAAUCACAACAGACCGUGAUGCCUGUGUGGACAGAGGUGGUCGUCUGCUUCCUGAGAUGCUGAAGGAGUGUCACUAUGAGACCAAGCACCCCCUGACCUCCUGUGUCCUCGGCCUCAACAACAAGCUCUUCGGCUACUGCCAUCUGAAGAAGACCCUGCACACAUACCAGCUCCCACAUGGCGUGAAAGUGGGGACAGCGGAGUCCCCUGAGAGAGUGGCCCCAGAGAGCGAGGUUGAGGGCCAUUUCCUUGGCCCUGCUGUGCUGCUCAUGUCCCCCCAGUACGCCUGGCUGGCCACCGCGGGACGCGAUGGCCUACUGUGCCUCCGAGACGCCUCCAACCUGGAUGGGUACGUGCAGUACCAGUGCCACUCCAGCUGGCUGGGAGGCGUGCGACACCUGGUCUUCACCUCGGAUAACCAGCAUCUCCUCAGCACAGGCCUGGCAGACGGCAGCCUGGUGUGCCUCAAGCACAGCCAGAUAGGCGUGAUGAGGGGGUCGAGGGCUUCCACCCCCACCCCGGGAGCCCAGGCUGUCUUCUCCAAACAGGAGUCUAUUAUCAUGGCGGAGAAUACCGUGUUGGGAAAGAUGCUCGUGUGGGACCCCGCCUCACAGUCCAGCUCUGGACUCCUCACUGAGGGGAAGGAGCGUCAGAGAUCUGACAUUGACGUGACGGAGCAGGAGGAGAGCUACUGCAGCCCCACCCCUGAGUCCCUCACUAGCGCCACCUGGCUGGACAACGUGCAGGAGAGGGUGUGUAAAGAAGAAAAUCAGAAGUUCACAGAGAUGAAGCAGAACCUGAGGAAGUCCAUCAAGGAACUCAGAGACACUAUUCAGGUGAUGAUGAGGGAGAAUGCGACCCUGCCUGACAUGGAGCGCCUGGAGCAGCAGGAGUUCAACUUGGACGUGGCCGAGAAGAAACGACUACAGGCAGAGGGAGAGCAGGAGGUCCAAAGGGUGAGGAGUGAAAUUGAGAUGGAGAACUUGGCCAAGAGCUACCUGCGUGAGGUCCUGAAGAAAGAGUGCUGGGACUCCAUGAAAGUCAAAGGGAAAACCAUCAAGGCCUUCCAUUCGUCCUAUGAGGUGAAGAACUACCCCAUGAGGGACCGGACCCAGAAGGAGCUGGAGGAGCUACAGCGAGUGGAGAACAUUAGGAAGAUUGAACUCGCAGACACCAAACUCCAACAGAACAUUCUGGAACAGAGGAGCCAUGCACUGACAGAGAACGAGGAAGAGGAGGAGGAGGAAGGCUCGGAGGCAGACAGCACGGCCCUCUUGGGGAGCCUGAGUAUCCAAUAUGGAGGCACCCAGCCACUCCUGCACAACCAGUUCAACCUCCACAUCCGAGAGCAGAAGAUCAACCAGAUCACACUGCUGCAGGAUGUCAUCUACAAAGUGAAGAGUGCCUUCAAUAAGGAGUUUGACAGCGUGUACAAGCAGAAGGAGCAGGAGAUCUACCGCGUGCGGGAGAAGAACAAGCGCAUCAUGGAGAUCAUGACAGAGCUGGACCUGAAGGAGGCCCUCUGGGAGCCCACGCUCACCGCCAGCGAAAGGCCGGAGCGGGCGCUGAUGGUAGAGGACUCAGAGAUCAAAGUGGAGAAGUACUUAAGCCCGGAGCAGAGGCAGAGAGAGGAGGAGCAGAAAAAAGAGGAGGAGGAGAGAAGGCUCAAGGCAAAGGGUGACAACAUCAGAGAGAGAGCUCUGGAUGACAUGAUGGGAGGAGUGCUGGAGGUCAAAAAGGAGGACAUUCUAAAGAUGGAGGUCAGCCAGCCUGAGUUCACGUCGAGGCCGGAGCUGCAGUGGACGGAGGAGGAGAGGAAGGUCCACAAGGAGUACGAGAAGAAGGCCAAGGAGUUGCAGGAGGAGCAGGAGAAGUACCGCAAGACUCUGGAGUCAGAGAUGAAGAAGUUGCAGACGUCCAUCAAAGACGCGACUCAGAGCUUUGAUGAAACCCUCACAAAGCUCUUCGAGAGGAAAGUCAAAUCAGAGAUGGUGAUAUACCAGGAGGAACUCAAGAUCACAAACCUUCUCCACUCUAUAAUGAUUGAAGACGAGAUCAUCAGCAGAGAGAGGCAGCUGAACCACAACCUAGAGAAGAUGAGAGCUGUAAAGCAAAACUUGGGAGAUGACCUGAAGAAGUACAAGGAGGAUGUGGACGCGUUUCGCGAAAUAUACGAUAAUAUCGUGGCAGAGGACAAGUUGCUGGACCGUGGCUUCCGUAAAGAUUUCUUUGACGUCCCUGGACAUAUAGUGGACCAGCUCUACAAGCUUUACAAGAGAAGACCAAGGGUUCACCAGAUCCGAACCCAGACAGAUGCUCCUGGCGGGGGCCCCCCUGUUCCAGGCCAGUCUCAGGCCGAGGCCCUGAGCUUCAUGCUGAAGGCCAUGGAUGACCUGGACUCCAAGGAGUACAUGCCAGAGGGGCUGGACCCGGCCGUGUGGGAGCGCUUCUGCCAGUCCAGGAGGGCCAAGGUGGAGAGCGAACACCAGGUGAAGACAAAAGCCCUGACAUUGGCAGAGAUGCAGGCGUUUUUGCAGAGGAGAACAGACGAGGAUGAGAACACUCGUAUGGAUGUCAUAAACCUCAUAGAGGAGCUCAACAGUCUGCGUGAGGAGAAGAUGCGUUUCCGGCUGGACAUCAUGGUGCAGAUCCUGAUUAAGCAGGGCCAGGUGGAGGUGGAGGCCGGAGACUUUGUAGCCGACUACUACGACUCCCUGCUGCUGCACCGCAGUGUGGUGGAGGAACUCAACAGCACCAUUAGGAUGCUGGGGGAGCAGAAGAUUGCUAGCAUGGUGGAGUGCAAGGACUUCCGCAAGGGCAUCAUCCAGCAGGAGUGGGAGCACAAGCGCAUGCACAUGCUGAUGGAGGACCUCAACAGCAAGGCCCGAGACAUCCAGAUGCUGCGCGUCUCCCAGGAGCUCCAGGAGUACCUGAAUGAGACAGACCACGACAACAGAAUGUCCAAGCAGGUUGGAAUUCUGGAGAAAACUAUUGCACAGCAGGAAAAGAAUCAUUUAAAGAAUAUUCAGAACUGCAAGGGUCUGAUUAAGCAGCUGGAGAAGCAGACUGCUGCGAAGCUAGACAAGAACUCUGGUCUGGACACACAGUUGGCCAGUAUGCAGAUCACCGUGGCUGAGAGGAGAAACAUCUAUGACACUAUAGCCAUGGAGGAGAACCAGGAGGCGGAGGCCGAGCAGCGGUACCAGGAGAUCCUGGAGAGGAAGCGUCUGGUGGACCUGGCCAAGGAGCAGGCCCAGGAGGUGGCCAUGCUGCGGGCUGAGGUGGAGAGGAUGCGCAUGAAGACCUUCCCCGCCCUCGCCCAGAUCAAACACCCCUGAUGAUGAUGAGGCAUAAAGUUGAACCAUUGACAUUUUUUAGUCACGGACGUCAGGGUGAGGCAACCACAGCUGAUGCCACUAUAGUAAGAAUUCAAAAAAUGUUUUACUGGGCUAUCUAAAAAGUAUAUUCAUUGCUUAAUGUAUAUUCAUGUCCAAUUAUAAAUUCAUUCAUAUUAAUAUAAUUGGGGCAAUAGCUGUGAUUGUACCACAUAACGUCUGCAACUAAAAAUGUCAAUGACCCAACUGACAAUGUGAACAAUAAUAGCCAGCUAAGAAAUGGAGGGUUUAAAGAACAAGGUUUAUUCACAUUAAAUAUUAUAGAUUUAUUGUGCUCACGGCACAUGUAGUAUUUAUUUACAAAUACUUUGAUGUUGUAAGGAUUCUUUCAUUGACACAGAUUAAAGAGAAAAUCGAUAAAUAAAAAUAUACAGUAUAACGCUUCA